CGGCCGUGGCCGAGCUGGAACGACGAGUUCCUUGGUGCGUACCCUCGGGCCAACCCGCGGACCUGCUCGGUCGCUCCCGCGCGGUGGGUCGGCCGCUUGUGCUCCGGCAGGGGGCGCCCCGGGGGCUGCCCGGCCAAUUUCUGCCCACCGCCUCUCCCGACUUCCCGCGCGCGGCCCCGGCGAGCCGCCGCACUGCCGACCCCGCCUCGUCCGCUCUGCACGGCCUCGGCCUCUCCGCCCGGCCAGCCGAGGCCCGGGGCGCGGCCACCGCUGCCAUCCCGCCAGUUCCCGUUCCGGGCUGCUUAGGCGGCCGCCCCGCCCUGCCCCUUGCGCUGCCACACCGCCUUGGGCUCCAGGGCCACAGGACGGACCCGGGACCCCCGCUCUCUCUCCCAAGCUGCUACCACGUCUGCAAACCCGUCAGCCAAGGGCUACACCGAGAGGCAGGGGCCCUGGGACCAGAUUCUUCUUCUGCUGGGAAGGCACACGCAGCCAAAGAUGAAUUUGCGGAAGGCAGCCGCUUGCUCCUCUAACCAUGGACAAGCAGGGCAGCGGUGAGAUGGAAGUGACCCCAUCAGAGCCUCACUCCCACAUUCAGCUCUUGAAAACCAGCCGGGAACUUCUGGUCACUCACAUACACAACACUCAGUGUCUGCUGGACAACCUGCUGGAGAACGACUACUUCUCCGCCGAGGAUGCCGAGAUCGUGUGUGCCUGCCCCACGCAGCCCGACAAGGUCCGCAAAAUUCUGGACCUGGUACAGAGCAAGGGUGAGGAAGUGUCCGAGUUCUUCCUCUACGUGCUCCAGCAACUUGCAGAUGCCUACGUGGACCUCAGGCCUUGGCUGUCAGAGAUCGGCUUUUCCCCUUCUCAGCUCAUUCAGAGCAAAGCUGUUGUCAACACUGACCCAGUGAGCAGGUACAUCCAGAAGCUGCGACACCAGCUGGGCCUCGAUUCCAUGUUCGUCCUGUGCUACUCACAGAAGGAGCAGCUGCUGCUGGAGGAGGCGUACACGGACACCAUCAUGGAGCUGGUCGGCUUCGGCAACGAGAGCCUGGGCAGGCUGGGCAGCCUGGCCUGCCUCCUGGACCACUCCACGGGCGUCCUGAACGAGCAGGCUGAGACCGUGUUCGUGUGCGGGGACGCGGGUGUGGGCAAAUCCAUGCUGCUGCAGCGGCUGCAGAGCCUCUGGGCCGCGGGCCAGCUGGACGCGGGAAUCAAGUUCUUCUUCCACUUCCGCUGCCGCAUGUUCAGCUGCUUCAAGGACAGCGACGUCCUGUGCCUGCAGGACCUGCUCUUCAAGCAUUACUGCUACCCAGAGCAGGACCCUGAGGAGGUGUUCGCCUUCCUGCUGCGCUUCCCCCACACAGCCCUCUUCACCUUCGACGGCCUGGACGAGCUGCAUUCAGACUUCGACCUGAGCAGUGCGCCCGACACCUGCUCCCCCUGGGAGCCUGCCCACCCCCUGGUCCUGUUGGCCAACUUGCUCAGUGGAAAGCUGCUCCAGGGCACCAGCAAGCUGCUCACGGCCCGCACGGGCACUGAAGUCCCACGCCAGCUCCUCCGGAAGAAGGUGCUGCUGCGGGGCUUCUCCCCCAGCCACCUGCAGGCCUACACCAGGAGGAUGUUCCCUGACCGGGCUGUUCAGGACCGCCUGCUCAACCAGCUGGAAGCCAACCCCAACCUCUGUAGCCUGUGUGCCGUGCCCCUCUUCUGCUGGAUCAUCUUCCGGUGCUUCCAGCACUUCCACAGAGCCUUCGAGGGCUCCCUGCAGCUGCCCAACUACACAGUGACCCUGACUGACAUCUUUCUGCUAGUCACCGAGGUCCACCUGAACAGGGUGCAGCCCACUAGCCUGGUGCAGCGGAACACACGGAGCCAGACAGAGACCUUCCUCGCGGGCCUGGGCACCCUGCACUCGCUGGGGCAGGUGGCCCACGGGGGCAUGGAGAAGAACCUCUUUGUCUUCCACCAGGAGGAGAUGCAGGCCUCCAAGGUGCGGGAAGGGGACCUGCAGCUGGGCUUCCUUCGGGCUGUGCCGGAGCUGGGCCUCGGAGGGGAGCAGCAGUCCUAUGAGUUUUUGCACAUCACUCUCCAGUCCUUCUUAACUGCCUUCUUCCUUGUGGUGGAUGCCAAGGUGGGCACUCGGGAGCUGCUCAGGUUCUUCCAGGAGUGGGCACCUGAUGGGGUGGGGGCAGCAGAGUCCUGUUACCCCCCCUUCCUCCCUGCCCAGUGUCUCGGGGGUAGGGGCCUAGCGGGGGAAGACCCCUUCAAGAACAAGGAUCACUUUCAUUUCACCAACCUCUUCCUAUGCGGGUUGCUGUCUAAAGCCAAACAGAAACUCCUGGGGCACCUGGUGCCCACCACGGCCCUGAGGAGAAAGCGGAAGGCCCUGUGGGCACAUCUGUUUGCCAGCCUGCGGUCCUACCUGAAGAACCUGCCUCGAGUUCAUUCUGGCGGCUUUCACCAGGUGCAGGCCAUGCCCACCUUCAUCUGGAUGCUGCGUUGCAUCUAUGAGACACAGAGCGAGAAGGUGGGGCAGCUGGCCGCCAGGGGCAUCUGCGCUGACUACCUCAAGCUGACCUACUGCAAUGCCUGCUCGGCCGACUGCAGCGCCCUCUCCUUCGUCCUGCACCACUUCCGCAAGCAGCUCGCCCUCGACCUGGACAACAACAAUCUCAACGACUAUGGCGUGCGGGAACUGCAGCCCUGCUUCAGCCGCCUCACUGUCAUCAGGCUCAGCGUGAACCAGAUCACUGACAGUGGGGUGAAGGUUCUGUAUGAAGAGCUGACCAAAUACAAAAUCCUGACAUUUCUAGGCUUAUACAACAACCAGAUCACCGAUGUUGGAGCCAGGUACAUCGCCAGGAUCCUGGACGAGUGCACAGGCCUCACACACCUUAAACUGGGAGAAAACAAAAUAACGAGCGAAGGAGGAAAGUGCCUCGCCCUGGCUGUGAAGAACAGCAAAUCAAUCUUUGAAGUUGGGAUGUGGGGCAACAGAAUUGGUGAUGAAGGAGCAAAGGCAUUUGCAGAGGCUCUGAGGAACCAUCCCAGCCUGACCAACCUGAGUCUCGCAUUCAACGGCAUUUCUACAGAAGGAGGAAGGAGUCUUGCACAGGCUCUGCAGCAGAACACGUCUCUCAGAAUAUUCUGGCUUACCAAAAAUGAACUUGAUGAUGAAGUGGCAGAGAGCUUGGCAGAGAUGUUGAAAGUCAACCAGACACUGAAACAUUUAUGGCUGAUCCAGAACCAGAUCACAGCUAAAGGGAUUGCCCAGCUGGCGGGUGCAUUACAGAAGAACACUGGCAUAAUGGAGAUUUGCCUAAAUGGAAACUUGAUAAAGCCAGAGGAAGCCAAAGUCUUUGAAGAUGAUAAGCGGAUUGUCUGCUUCUGAGAGGACAUUUCCUGCACACAAGUCUGGGCCCUGAGAUGCUCUGGCAGAGGACACCACUCUGUGCAGUGGCCUCCUUUUGAUGUCUGAAAGACAGACUGCAAUAGCGAGCCUGCUGCCUUGAUGAUGCAGAUCAGUGUCCAUGCCCACACUGACUGGCAGACUCUGAGUAGCUGUUACUACAGUUUUGCAGGAAAAGAGUGUGCCUUGUGAGUGGUUUUAGUUACUGUAAAUACACUAUGAAGAGACA